UGAAUUGAUUUUACAGUACCUAGUUUAAAAGUUUAUCAAAUGUCAUCAUAUACAAGAAUAAGUACCAAUUUCUUACUAUCUAGUACACCUUAUUAAACCGUGGUGUUUACACACAGACAUCUGUGUGUUUACAAAACGUUAUCACUUAUCACGUCAAGUUAUCAAUUACGGGCGGCGCGUCAGUACUGGGAUGAAGUUGUUGGCGCGGUCGGUGCGCAACCUAGGCGUAAGAUCCGCCGCGGCCAGUGCAAUACCUUAACGGGGCAAAGUUCAUCCAAAGCGGGGCGGGGACGCGUUGCCAGCUUCAUCAUCAAUUCAUCACCACGAGCACGAUUGAGCCGAGUCUGGGCGCACACCAGUGGGCACUGGGCAGCGCGGGACGUCGAGCGGUCGACCGUAGGCGAUUCAACGAGCCAUCCGAGUCCGCAUCGGCCUAACGCCUAAGCGACUUGCCGUGACGCCGUAACGGCACAUCAGACCCGCGACUCGACUCCCCCAUCUGUCCCGGGUCCCGACGAUUCUAUAGCUUUUACCCGGUGGUGGUAGUGGUGCGGCGGCGGCGGUGUGCGCGCGUUUCGCUGGUCGACUCCCGAAAGCCGUUUCCGCGUCGUUGUCUCGACGUGGUGCCGUCUCGGCUGUCAGUGGACAACGGUCACAGACGUUAGAGACGUGUCCGCGCGCGCAUGUGGUGUGUCCCCCAGUCGGGCAGUGGCGUCCUAUUACUCAUCGUUGACAAUAUUAUAAUGUUAUUGUUGCGGUGAAUUAUUAUUGUAUCGUCGUUGCGCCACGUCCUACUCCCCUCGACCGUACCGCACUCGACUCGUUGGCAUUCCGCAUAGCGUUUCUCUGUAUGUUCGCUUCGUCGUCGUAAUGACCGGUGUCGAGUAGAGACGGAAGUUUUCUGUGUCGUGUACACUUUUCCGUAGUGCCCGUCUGGCGAUCGUAACCAUGGCUGACGAGGAAGUGCUUUUCGACGAUGUCUACGAACUGCUCGAGACCAUCGGAAAAGGACCAUUUAGUUUGGUUAAAAGAUGUGUUCAUCGUCAAACUGGACAGCAAUUUGCUGUUAAAAUCGUUGAUGUAGCAAGUUUUACAUCAAGUCCUGGUUUAAGCACUUCAGACUUAAAACGAGAAGCAACAAUAUGCCAUAUGUUAAAACAUCCUCAUAUUGUGGAACUACUGGAAACAUAUAGUUCUGAAGGAAUGCUGUAUAUGGUUUUCGAAUAUAUGGAUGGAUCAGACAUAUGUUUUGAAAUUGUCCGUAGAGCUACAGCUGGUUUUGUUUACAGUGAAGCAGUAGCAAGCCAUUAUAUGAGACAAAUACUUGAAGCAAUCAGAUAUUGUCAUGGAAAUGACAUUAUUCAUAGAGAUAUUAAACCACAUUGUGUCCUAUUAGCCACUAAAGAGAAUUCAGCUCCAGUUAAACUUGGAGGAUUUGGUGUAGCAAUACAGUUGCAUGAUGGAAGCUCUAUUAAUGGAGCAAAAAGUUUUGAUGAUUUGUCCCGACCUAAUUUGAGUGCUAACGGCCAAGUUUAUUUACAAUCAGACAGACAGGGACGCAUAGGAACUCCUCAUUUUAUGGCUCCAGAAGUUGUGGAGCGACAACAAUAUGGUAAACCUGGAGAUGUAUGGUCAGCUGGAGUUAUAUUACAUAUAUUAUUAUCUGGUCUGACUCCAUUCUUAGGUACUGGUGAUCGUCUUUACCAUAAUAUAUGUGAUGCUAGGUUGAAUUUUAAUAGACCACAAUGGGAACAUAUAAGUGAAGGUGCUAAAGAUCUUAUAUGCAAGAUGCUAUGUUUAGAUCCUAAAAAACGUCUGACAAUUCAGGAAGUUUUAAAUCACAGAUGGCUAAGGGAAAGAGAUAAGAACGCAUCUAAAAUUCAUUUAGUAGAUACAGUGGAACAACUGAAAGUAUAUAAUAGUCGUAGACGUUUACGUGGAGCAGUUAUGGCAGCAGUGUCAUCACCACGCUGGACUUACCAGUCUUCUCUAGAUUCUAACUCCAACGCCAUUGAACAGUUUUCUGAUUUUGGCGAUGAUGACAUUAGUAAUUCAGCUGUUGGCGUUAUUCUGAGUUCAUUGGAUGAUAUUCAAUGUAUACAGGAAGCACUCCCUGAUAAUCCACAAACUGUUUUACCAUUACUAGAUGAUGAUCAAUUGUGUAAACUAUUGGAGCUGUACCAUUUCAUAAAUUCUAGCAGAACUGAUUCGGAAAAGAAACCACCUUCACCUAUUUCUGAAGACUUAAUUAGUUUAGUUCACGAUGUCUUGGAUAUACUAACUACCUUACCAAAUCACUCUCAGACAGCUUAUGAUGGUGUCCAGCUUAGAGAUUUAUUAACUAGGCCAUUUUUAAAGUCGUUGAUGCAAACACAUGACGUAGCGGCUCAUGAGAUUUUCGGUGAAGAAGCUGUUCGCGUGACGCCGCCGUUGGUGUUGCCGUAUCUGAACGGCAAUGGCAUCGAUGACGGCGAGAAUGGUCUGGAUGACGACAUCGAACCCGAGAACGUUACGCGAGUCAGACUAGUACAGUUUCAAAAAAACACCGACGAGCCAAUGGGUAUAACGUUAAAGAUGAACGAAGAUGGUAAAUGUGUGGUAGCCCGGAUAAUGCACGGCGGUAUGAUUCAUCGUCAAGCCACUUUGCACGUUGGAGAUGAAAUCCGAGAAAUUAACGGUAUAUCUGUGGCUAAUCAGUCCGUGGGAGCGCUUCAAAAACUUUUGAGAGAAGCUAGAGGAUCUGUCACUUUUAAGAUAGUGCCGUCCUACAGAAGUGCACCACCACCGUGCGAGGUACAAUUGUUCAGGAUAAAGCCAUUACCUGUCAUUAUAUUCGUCCGUGCUCAGUUCAGUUAUGACCCGCUUCAAGACGACUUAAUACCAUGCGCACAGGCUGGCAUAACGUUCAAUAUCGGUGACAUAUUGCAGAUAAUCAGUAAAGACGACCACCAUUGGUGGCAAGCCCGAAAAGACAAUUCAGCCGGUUCAGCUGGCCUAAUACCAUCGCCAGAACUCCAAGAGUGGCGUAUCACCUGUAAAGCUCUAGAAAAUUCCAAACACGAACAAGAAUCCAGUUGCUCGUCGCACGAAGGGUGUGACGGUACCACCGUUAAUUGCUCAAUAUUCGGUCGUAAGAAAAAAUUAAAAGAAAAAUAUCUCGCCAAACACAACGCGGUGUUUGAUCACAUCGACUUGGCUACCUACGAAGAAGUAGUCAAAUUACCAUCAUUCCAACGCAAAACGUUAGUUCUUCUGGGCGCGCAUGGUGUCGGACGAAGACAUAUAAAAAACACAAUUAUUCAAAAACAUCCAGACAAAUAUGCUUAUCCAAUGGCUCAUACGACAAGACCGCUGAAACCCGGCGAAGAAAACGGUUUAGCCUACUAUUUCGUUACAUAUGACGAAAUGAUGACAGACAUAAAUGCGCACGAGUACUUGGAAUAUGUAGGCACCCACGACGAUGCCAUGUACGGCACGAAGCUAGACACAAUAAGGAAGAUCCAUCAUGAAGGAAAAAUCGCCAUACUGGACGUCGAGCCGCAGGCGCUGAAAAUAUUACGGACUGCCGAAUUCGCGCCGCUGGUCGUGUUCAUCGCAGCUCCCCCGCACCGAUCGCUUACCGACUUCGACGGAAGUUUGGAAAAACUCGCCAACGAAUCUGAACUGCUACAGCGGGCGUAUGAACAUUUGUUCGACAUCACUAUCGUUAACGAAGACAUCGAAGAAACCAUUGACGAGUUGGAAAGGGUAAUGGAACGAGUGCACACAACUCCGCAAUGGGUCCCCGUAGCGUGGGUAUAUUAGAAUUUAAGUGCUACCAAUAAUAAUAAACUAACAUAUGAUCUUGAGUGCCACCAACAUGAAAUCGGUUCAACAUUUUGUACAUUGAAAAAAAUCUGACUCACACUUAACACAUAGAUCUGCAAAUUUCUGUACCUAAUUUGGUUUAUUAAAUUUAUUUGUUUUUCUUUUGUAAUAUUAGCGUUAAGUGGUAACUAAUCACAGAUCUCAUUAAUUUAUAUUAAUAUUGUUUUUAUUAGAAACUAAAGGCGAGUGUUUAUUACGUUAAUUUAUUUUCUCCAAAUUGUUAGGUCUAUGUUUUGGGUCCAAUAAUAUUAUUAUGUUAACGCAACUAAUACACACGCCUAACACCAACAUUCCCUAAUAAUCAUUUGUUAUUACUAUAGCAAUAUUUUGACAACUCAUUAACAUUUAUUAUUUUAAACCUUACUAUAAACUACAAAAUUAAUUUAUUUUGGUACCUAUUAAGUUGAUCCCAAAAAAAUCAAAAUAUUAUUAAUAAUAUUAUACUUGUUGACUUAUUUAGUCGCUAUUUUGUUGUUAUAAUUGUAUUGCUCGUAAGAGUAUUUUCUUUAUAAUUAAAUAUGGAUUAUACAUAGUUACUCAUUUUGUUAGUGACUCGUUGUAGCUUCUAUUGAAGCUUUUUUUGACUUAAAUAACAAUGUACAGGAUACCUUGGCUAA